GAUUCAGUUAUUUCUACAUCGUCAAAGGUGAAUGUUUUCAGUAGUUCGAAAUGAAUUUCCAUAAGUUUAAUUAUUAUAUACUUCCUCAAAAUAAGACCCCAAGCCCCUCUGGCAAUAACUUUUUAUGGUCCUUGAAUCCACCUGAGGAGUACACAUAUGGAGAAGAAACAGACGAUGGAAGUGAGGAAGGUGAAGACAGUGAGUACAAUAAACCAAGAAGACAACACUGGUCCAAUAAACUUCAAUUUGUACUCGCCUGUGUUGGAUAUAGUGUUGGUCUUGGAUCAAUUUGGAGAUUUCCGUAUCUUUGCUACAAAAGUGGAGGAGCUGUGUUUCUAAUUCCUUAUGCCAUCAUCAUGGUGUUCAUAGGAGGGCCAAUGCUGUAUAUGGAGUUAGCUGUAGGACAAUUCACAGGCAGGGGACCAAUUGGCGCUCUGGGCCAUCUCUGUCCUUUGUUGAAAG